AUGGCGCUGGCCAGCCUGCUGCCGCCGGAGCUGCCCGUCAACCGGCCCGGCUUCUUCGGGCUGGCGGGGCGCUGCGAGCUCCAGGCCCCCGGACCCCGCCCGGCCCCGGGCCCGCCUGGCUUGGCCCCGCCCGCCUGGGGGCUCCCGGCCGCGGGGGAUGCCGGGAUCGAGCUGCUGCACGGGACCACCACGCUGGCCUUCAAGUUCCAGGAGGGCGUGGUGGUGGCGGUGGACUCGCGGGCCACGGCCGGCUCCUACGUGGCCUCGCAGACGGUGAAAAAGGUGAUCGAGAUCAACCCCUACCUGCUGGGCACCAUGGCGGGCGGCGCCGCCGACUGCAGCUUCUGGGAGCGGCUGCUGGCCCGGCAGUGCCGCAUCUACCAGCUGCGCAACAAGGAGCGCAUCUCUGUGGCCGCCGCCUCCAAGCUGCUGGCCAACAUGGUGUAUCAAUACAAGGGGCUGGGGCUCCACAUGGGCACCAUGAUCUGCGGCUGGGACAAGCGGGGCCCAGGCCUGUACUACGUGGACAGUGAGGGGAACCGCCUCUCGGGCACGGCUUUCUCCGUGGGCUCGGGCUCGGUGUACGCCUACGGGGUGCUGGACCGCGGCUACGCACCCGACAUGCCGGCCGAGGAGGCCUACGACCUAGCCCGGCGCGCCAUCUACCAGGCCACCUACCGUGAUGCCUACUCCGGGGGCGAGGUCAACCUGUACCACGUCCGGCGGGAUGGCUGGGUCCGCGUCUCCACCGACGACGUGGCCCAGCUCCACGCCCAGUACCGUGGGGACCCGCAGGGGGACGGGGCCGCCUAA